AUAUUAUAUAAAAUUAAAUGAACAAUCAAACAUAGUUGUAAAUAUUUAACAAUUCAUUUUAGUACAAAUCCAGUUUAUUAGCCUGUAUAGACACCUUUGAUGACGUAAUUAUCUUGUUAAAUGUUAGCAUGUAUUCAAAUAUAUUCUCUUCAUAAACUCCAUUUCCAUCAUCCAAAGGAAUCAACUAAGAACCUGUAGUAACAGCUAUGGAUCAAAUAAUUGAAGAUAGAACUAGCGCAGAGUUUGGGUAACAUAGUAGACACAUUUCUCUAAAUUAUCAAAUAGUUGAAAAUGAUUUAAGAAAAGUAGUUGAAAAGAAAAAUUAUGUGGCCUGCAAAAUAUUUUGA